GUGCUGAUUUUUAUUUCACUCAAGCAAAGCAAAACAUUAUCAUAGUACCAAUCUCUAAGCACUCGUAAGUCAAUCAACAACAAUGUCAUACCUUAACCGCCCCUAUGAAAGUAACUACUACGAGGCUGAGACGGAGGUCAUCCGUGAGGGUCCAUACGGAAGCUACUCAGCUGAGUACAGGGUCGAUGAAUAUGGAAACCGUGUACCUCAUCACAACCACCACCGUCACAACGGGGUGGGGGAGGUAGUCAGUGAGAUUGUGACUGAUGUCAUCUCUGGGGGCCGCCACCAUGGAAACCACAACCACUACAAUGGGCCAACUGAGAUCAUUGAGAGGAGGGAAGAGCGCAUUGUUGACAGUUCCUAUGACCCAUACAGGAGGAGCUACUGAUUAAUGACUGCUGCCUUCAAGAUCCAGAGAAGUUGACAGCAAGUAUGUAUUGGAAAAAUAAAACACCCCCCUUAGCCUCACGGCAUGACUAGUCGCUAGGGCUUGGUGUUGUGCUGUAACUUUUACUUUUUAUGAUGAUGUAUUCCUCUCAAGUUCUAAUAUAUGUUCCUUUUCCCUCUAGAAAAGGGAUUCUACGA